CACUUCUAGGAUUCUUCUUCAGCGGUAGUUCAAAAAGGAGUGAAGUCUAAAAAAUAAAAGUUUUUAACUUUUAUUAUCCGGUGCCGCGCCAACCCUGGAGCAUCCAGCGACAGAGUGACCUAGCGGCGUCUUCCUCAGCUAUUUUCCGAAUCCAGCGACCAUUUCAGCGAGUCUGCUGCUUCAGCUCAGCACCUCAAUCCUUAGCAUCAUCAUCUACUCUCUUGUUUGAUUUUAGACUUGCCUGUUGUGGAGUUAUAAACAUGAAGAAUGACGAGCCAAUGAAUGGCAUGGAGAUGGAGAACGAUGAUCCUGUGGUUUCUGAGUCUGAAUCAGGAUCCGAAGAAGACGAAGUUUUAAAACUAUCUGAGCCUUCAAAGACUGCUGUAUACAACAAAGAAGGCUUGCUUGAUAAAAUGGGAGACAUCAGUUGGCCUAAAGAUGUGGACUGGAUACACAAGCUUUCCUUUGAUAUUGUUCAGGAGCAAGAAGUGGAUGUGAAUGAUGACCUGACUCGAGAGCUUGCCUUCUUCACCCAGGCGCUGGAAGGGGCAAGACAGGCAUUCACAAAGUUUCAGUCAAUGGGUCUGCCUUUUCUGAGACCCUCAGACUAUUAUGCCGAAAUGGUGAAAACCGAUGUGCAUAUGGAGAAAAUCAAGGGGCGACUCUUGGCUGAGAAGAAGAGGAUUGAGGAAGCCGAGGAAAGAAGGAAGGCAAGGGAGAACAAGAAGCUAGCGAAAGAGAUACAAGCUGAGAAGCUGAAGGAGAGGGCUAAGCAGAAGAAAGAGGACAUAGAGUCUGUGAAGAAGUGGAGGAAGCAGCGGCAGCAGAGUGGUUUUGCCACUGAUGGCCGAGACGGUGCCCCUAGUUUUGCCUUUGAAGAUGGGAAUUCAUUUGAGAGGUCAAGUAAGAAGAGGCAUGGGGUGGCUCCUGGUGAUCGUUCCGGAGGGAAAUCAAAACAAGGCGGCGGCGGCGGUGGUGGAAAGAAAGGGUUUGACAAGAAAAAGAAGAGCAGAGAGUAUAGGGAUUCCAAAUAUGGAUUUGGAGGGAGAAAAGGCACAAAAAAGCAGAACACUGCCGAUACCGCGGCUGACUUUGGGGACUUCAAGAAAACCGCGUCCCACGCGAAAAAGAAACAAAGAAGUUGAGGAACUUCUUAUACUGUACCAUUUUGUGGUUCUCUAUGGAAACUGGAAGAAACAGAGAGGUCAUGGUGUUCAAGCGGGCAACUGAAAUUCGUGUUGGGGGAAUGCUUGUUUGCCUAACUAUGCUAUAUAUAUAUUCAUGAAGAUUAUUGCUAUUUCAUUGAGUUCAAUUUCCUUUAUUAAGCUUACUAGGAGCAAACAUCAUUUUGUCCAUGGCGACUGGCUGCCUUUAAAUUCUGUUUUGUUAUUGACCUUAAAGAUCAUCAUCUUCUAUUUUAGAGCUUGCAUUGAAAAUCAUGAAAAAUCAAAUAGGAAGAUUCGA